AUGGGUGCCAAAUGGGUGGUCGGGUUUCUAAUAAUAAUUUGCUUAUCUAUUGAUAUCGAAGCUUCUCAGGGUGAUAAAAGUUUCUGGUACCAGGGAUGCACACAAAAGUGUAUAUCAAAGUUCAACUGUACAAAAUCGUUCGGAACUUUUUCAUGGGUUCAUGGUGAUUGUUUUUGGUGUCGAUAUGAUUGUAUGUGGGAAACGAUUGAGCAAUUCGAAAGACAGUUCGGAAUGGUUCCACAGUUUCAUGGAAAAUGGCCGUUUGCAGCGAUUCCACUUCCACUCGGAUUCGUAAUACAAGAGCCCGCCUCCGUUGUGUUCUCGCUUCUGAAUCUAUACACCGUCUAUAAAAUGCUUAAACGAUUUCUGAAGAUGUCCGAGCUGCUGAUGAAAACCACGUGGAUCUCGUACGCAUGCGUCGGGUUGUUCGCAUGGAUCUCAUCGUCAGUAUUCCAUUUAUCGGACUGUGAUUUAACAGAAAGUAUGGAUUAUUUCGGAGCUUAUACAUUUGUCGCAGGAGGUCUAUAUGUCUCUCUAGUGUUCACUUCUCGAGCAUUACUCCCUUACUUCGGAGGAAGAACAAGGAUUCUAACAGUUUUGAAGAUUCUAUGCGGUGUGUUCUACUUGAAGCAUAUCAGGGAUAUGACUGUUCACUUCGACUAUGGAUACAACAUGCUGACGUGUAUUGUCUAUACCAUAAUCACAUGUGCUUUGUACAUUCACUACAUUUGGUUCAGAUACCGACGUUUGGGAAAACUCGAAGAAUCCGACAUUCUUCUCAUUCGAAUUAUUAUUUGGGCCAAUCUAUCGGCUGCGCUAGAAAUUUUAGACUUUAUUCCAGUCUUCUGGAUAUUCGAUUCCCAUUCCUUAUUCCACAUGGCUACUAUACCGAUUCCCAUUUGGUGGGCUGAGUUUCUAGACAUCACCCAUGGUUACGAUACUAACGACCGAAAGAAAUACAAUGUAUUAAAAAUAGCUUAA